GUUCAGCCCUCUAAACACUAAUAUUCGAUCUUCUUCCUCCCAUACCCAUGAAAUACGACGAACUCAACCACUUCAGCCACCCCCAACAUAAACUACGCUUCGAAUACUCGGAGCUCCCUUUCAAAUGCGACGGCUGCCGUGAAGUCGGCAUUGGCUCCCGCUUCAAGUGCUCUCUCUGCGACUUCGAUCUCCACACCCAUUGUUCCGCCGCCGCCGCCGCCAUCCCCCUGCCCCACCCAUUCUACCCUAAAUGCGUCUUCUAUUUCCUCCCCCGCCCUCCCGGCGACUCCCCUCGCUAUUGCAACGCCUGCAAUCGCGAUAUUGCCGGCUUCGUCUACCACUGCCGCAUGUGCGGCUUCGAUCUCCACCCCUGCUGCGCCGCCCUCCCGCACGUGCUCCACGCCGACGGUGACCUCCGCCUCCUGCUUCGCCGGCUAGCAUCGGCGCCGUGCCAUAGGUGCGGGAGGAAGGGGAGGAGCUGGAGUUACAGGAGCGAGUGCAGAAAGUAUGAAUUGCACGUGGCGUGUGUGAUGGAGAUAUUGGUAGACAGUUGGCGUGAGAUCUAUUACGGUGGUGGUGGUGAAGGGAAGAAGAUGAGGGUGUCGGAUAUUAGGGUUCCGAGCAUUAGAGGGGCGGAGAUCAGUCAUCACAGGAGCGGAAAGGGGAAGGGGAAGGUGAAGAGGUGCUGUGAAUUGGCGGCGAUGGCGGUGCAGUUUGUUAUCUCGGCGGUGCUUGGAGAUCCUACGGCUGUGAUUGCAGGUGUGGUUUCCUCCUUUCUUUUCCGAUGAUGACUGAUUUUUGGGGGAGAUGGAAUUAUACGUAUUUGCUUUGUGGUAAUUUGUGU